AUGGACUACCGCCAGUUUUUGUUGCGGAAGCCUUACGCAAUUGAAUGUUUGGAUUUACCAGCUUUUGAUGUACCCCGACUAUGGGACGCCGGCUAUCCUCGUGCGGCACUUGGUGGUGGCCAGCAGACCUUAUUUGAAACCAAAGACUCUGCAACCCUGCACUCCUCCCAAUUUUUUGACGAAAUCUCAAAAAUAGCUAGAGACCCUGUGCAAAAAACCCCUAAGACGUCAAUCACGCCGAUUCUACCCCCCGUCAGACAGACAUCUGAGAGACGGGAAUCGAUAGAAGUUGACAAAGAGAUAAUUGUUCUAGCAAUGGACUACGAGACGGAGGAUGAGGAAAUGGAUGACGAGCCCCCUGCCGCUACGCCUGUCCUACACCUACCAUUAAGCAAACGCCCCGACCUGACCGCCCCGCAAGGGUGGGCUGCCGACGUUGAGGACUACGCCGCCCGGCUGGCCGCCAAAGCGUAG